AAAUUAAAACAACCAAUCCAAUGAAAAAAACCUCAUCUACCAUUAAUGGUCAAAACCAAGACUAUAAGAAAAACAACAACAUUUUGGGUAUAUAAACUUCUUAGCUCCAUUAUAUUUUUAACACAUCUUUCUCCACAAAACCAAAACAAAUCAAGAAAAUGAGAAUCAAGCCUAUGUAUGGUACUUUUUCACUUCUUUUCUUCUCCAUCUUCCUAUUGUAUAAUCAAAACCUAUGUUAUGCACAAGAUGCACCAAGUACAACAGGCUAUAGCUGUAAUUCAAGCCAAUUUUAUCCAUGUCAAACAUAUGUCUUUUACAGAGCAAGAGGACCAGAAUUUCUUGAUUUAGCCUCAAUUGGUGACCUUUUUUCAGUAAGUAGGCUUAUGAUUGCAAAUCCUAGUAAUAUUUCUACCUCAAACACAACUCUAGUCAAUGACCAAUCCCUCUUAGUACCAAUCACUUGUUCUUGUAACAACCUCAAUACCACUUCUGGUAACAUCUCAUAUGCUGGCCUUAACUAUAGUUUCAACUUCGGUGAUACUAUGUACAUGGUCUCAACUGUUAAGUUUCAAAACCUUACAACUUAUCAAUCUGUUGAGGCUGUUAAUCCAGCUGUUGUACCAGAAAAUAUUGACAUAGGUCAAGUCAUAGAAUUCCCAAUUUUUUGCAAGUGUCCAAACAGAACACAAACGCAACCCCAAAACCAAAACCAACCAAGAUAUCUUAUUAGUUAUGUAUUUCAACCUUUUGACAAUAUUUCUUCAAUUGCUUCAAGAUUUGGAACAACCCCACAAUCUAUAAGGAAAAUUAAUGGAAAUAAUCCCAAGAUUUUUGAUAUCCUUUUCAUUCCUCUAUCUAAACUUCCUGAUAUUACACAACCAACAGCUUCAAAUGGUCCUGUAGUACAAGAAAAUGACAAGAAAGGAACAGUCAUAGGAUUAGCUAUUGGUUUAGGAAUUUGUGUGCUGUUACUGAUUUUGUUAGCUGGUUUAUGGGGUUGUAGAGAGAAAUCAGGGAAGAGUAAGAGAAGCUUAUAUCUUGGAUUUGAUGAAGGGUGUUAGAUUCAAGGGUCUGUGUAUAAAGGUAUAAUUUGCAAUCAAGAAAAUGAAGUGGAAUGCCAGUGAGGAGCUCGAGAUCCUCCAAAAGGUAAAAUUUUUACUCCAAUUCUAUACUUUAAUUAAGCCUUUGUAUUCAUCCCAAGAAGACACCAGUAGAAAGUUAGAUUUUUCUUAAAUAUUGUGGAGUUUGGACUUAGUCAGUGCUUACCUCGAAUUGUGAACUGUUCUAUUGACUAUCUCCUACCUUUCAUAAAAGGAUAUUUCCUAAUAAGUUUUUGUUUCCGCUAUAAUUUGAACAUUAGCUUCGAAAUUUACACCUACUUUAUGACCAUUAGAACCACUCGGGGGCUCGUUUGGUUCGGAGAUAAGUUAUGGUGGGACUAGUUAUUCUGAUUUUAUUUUUUAUUAAUUAUUUGAUAUAUUGUACUAACUCUGAGAUUAUUAAUUUUACUGUUUUAACCUAGGAUAAUUUAUGACAUAUAUAUAAAUUAUCCCAAUACUAUUUUUAAUCAUGUGAUAGCUUAUUCAAAGAUUAGUAAUCAAAUAAGGAAUAAGACAUUAAAUUUUUAUCCCAAAAUUAGGUCUAUAAUAAUCAAGUGGACUAUUAUGCCUGUUUAAAUUUAAUAAUAUAUUAUUUAAGUUAAUCAACACCAUUCUAUCCUGAAUUUAUUUGUCCUCUGCAGUAUAUCUUUUCAUUAAAGAACUUUUUCUAUUUGUUCCUCAAUUAUUCACCUUUUGUUUUUUCUUUUUCAUUGAUGUUUGUGAGGAGACCCUACCAAUCCCUCAAAUCCCUUUUAACAAGAAUGGUGGGUGGCAGGGUAAUGGACCCAUAAGCAAAGUUAUUGUAUAUCAAAAAUUAACAAUAAUGGCUAAUGAAAUAGAAGAAGUAUUAUGAAAUAUAAGUUAAAUUUUAACGGAGAAAAAAAUAUAUUAAUUAAUUCUUCUAUAUGCUUAUGCCUAAGUUUUGUCGUACAGAAUUAUUUGGUACAUUUAUUGGUGGAAGGUAGUAGGUAUAGAUGGAUGCCUCAUGCUUUAGCUUAGCUUGGCUGUACUACUUUGAAUUGAUUUUAUUAGCCUACCUAUUUCAAUAAAGAAACGUCACCAUGUCCUAUUUUAAAACCUCUCUUGUAGUAUUGUUGCAUUUAGUGUGUUAUUUCUCUUAUUUUUACGUCACUAAUAUUUUCAUUUUUGUAAUAGUUAUGUUUAGUUAUAUUUUAGGUAAUUUGAUAUUGAUAGUGUAAAAUUCGUUUAGAUUGUUCGGUGUAUAAUCAUUUUUUUUAAGAAAGAAAUUGCCAUCAUGUCCUAUUUUGAAACCUCUCUUGCAGUAUUGUUGGGAAACAAGUUAUCCCAUCAUUAAUUAUCUGGGGAUUAGUUAUUCCGUGAUUGUUAUCCUAUCCUCCCAUAGGAACAAACUUAACACUAUAAUUUUGGGAUAAUCUUGGAAUUAGUUAUACCACGAUUUUAUUUCAACUAAACAUAGAAUAAACUAAUCUCAAAUUUAAUCCCGGAAUUAAUUAAUUAUCUCUCGUACCAAAGGAGCCCUUAGUAUAUCAUUUGUCUUAUUUUUACGUCACUAAUAUUUUCACUCUUAUAAUAGUUAUGUUUUAGGUAAUCUGAUAUUGGUAGUGUAAAAAUUCGUUUACCUUGUUAGUGUAUGGAAAUUAAAUUUAAGAAAGAAAUUGUCUAUCAUGUCCUAUUUUGCAACCUCUCUUGCAGUGGUGUCACUUUUGGGUACAUGAGUAAAUUUAAGUCUUGGAAUAAAAACAAAGGAAUAGGGACCAUGAAAAUUUAGACUUUCUUCUGUUUGUCCAUAAAAUAAAUUUCUUUUUUUAAAAUUUUUUAAAUGUAUUUGUCCAUAAAAUUUUUCAAGUUUUUGAAAUUUUUUCGAAAAUGUGUUUUUAAAAAAUGACCACAUUUUCAAAAUUUUCAGAAAUCUUUUUUCCCCACUCACAAAGCUGCAACAUUUUUUCAAAUGAAAUAUAUGUCCAAAAUUCAAAAUACUAUUUUUUAAUUUAACUUCAAACACUACUUUUUUCAAAAAUUAUAAUUUUUAUGUCCAAACGUCCUAUGUUACUCGGACUCUUCAAAAAUAUUGUUGGGUGCGUGUCGGAUCCUCCAAAUUUAGUGCAUUUUUUGAGAAUUCGAUACGGGUGCGACAACACUUUUAGAGAGUUCGAGCAACAUAGCAAACGUCUACUUAAUAUUUUUUCCUUUUUUGUUUUUUGGUAGGUGAACCAUGUGAAUUUAGUGAAGUUAGAGGAUUUUUGCAUAGACCCUAAAGAAGCAAAUUGCUAUUUUGUUUAUGAGUAUGUUGAAAAUGGUUCACUACAUUCAUGGCUUCACGAGGACAAAAAAGAAAAAUUGAGUUGGAAAACAAGGUUAAAAAUUGCCACUGAUGUUGCAAAUGGUCUCUUAUAUAUCCAUGAACAUACAAGGCCAAGGGUUGUACACAAAGACAUUAAGAGUAGCAACAUUGUAAUUAUUCACACAAUUGUGAUGAGAAUAAGCAGAGUAUCAAGAAAGAUAGAAAGAAGAAGAAAUGCAGAAAAGAAGAAGAAGAAGAAGAAGAAGAAGAAGAAGCAUUAGACGAGAGAGAGAAUUAGUGGAGAGUAUUUUUAUUAUUCCUAAAAAAAUGUCUUUUUUACAAUGUAAAGGCUUACUUAUAUAUCAAUGUUUUAACCCUCU